UCCCAAAUUUGCCAUGUCGUCCCCGGAAAUGGGAGAGCAUGUACGGCAAGCAAAGACGAGGUUCCCUCGUUCUCAUCCAAACCCUUUUUGUUUAAGAGCCGUAUGAAUAUGACACGGCUCUACAGCGACUCCUCCUCAUCCACUGGGUCCUGGAGUCCCUUUGUCAGUCACUGGACUUACCUGCACUUGUACCUAUCUUUCUGUAGCGUCUGGCACCUACAACCUCGCCCUACACCCGACUAUCUGUAGCACAUCACACUUUAAUAUCCAAACUAUCAUCAGUUAGCAUCCGUUAUGGCAUAUACAUACCCUCCCCCUGAACCUCGCACCAUCCCACCCCCGACAAACAACACCCUGUCGUCGAAGGAGCGCUCUGCACUAGUGCGCUCGACCAAGAAGAUAGGGCGUAUGCUCGGAGAUAUCCCACGGUUUGUCGAUGAUAUUGAAGAUCAGUUCGUCAUGGUGACGCCUCCAAGACCACCCACCCCAGCUGGACCCUCUAAAGAAGACACAUGGAGAAGUCGUAAACCGACUCACCUUCCCCCGCUUAUGAAGCUUGCUGGUGGCAUUGCGGUAGACUCCAAUUCGCCGCCUAUGCCCCUCCGUACUGCACCCGCACGGCGCGCCAGUACCGUAUCAACUUCCUCUAACAAAUCUUCUAUUCAAGACCAGCCUCUCACUCCAUCCAAGGAGGCUGCGCAUCGGCGCAGCAAAAUGGAACGGCUACGAAGGAGGCUGGGUGAAGAGGUUCCGAUGGAAGCCGUUUUCCCCGCCACGCCUGGCCUGAGGACAGCUGUCCCACACACCGCGAAGCCUGAACGCUCGCGUAAUCAUAACCGCUCGCGGUCUGUGCACCCUUCACAUGACGAUACUGUCACAUUCUCGAUAGAUCAUCACACUGUUGUCCUGAAAACAUCCACACGAGCUAAUCACGCUCACUCACCUCACCCGGGCCGUUCCCACCAUCCGCACAAAUCCGCACACCGCCCGCCGCCAUUGCCUAUGACUGGGCUACCACCAAUGCCCAUACCCAAACAUUCCCGCGUUUCGGAUGAAGCGGGGCUAUUGGGCGCGAGGGCAAAGACAGCGGCAGGCUCGAAAAUGGGCGGUGCAGAAUUCAAGGCCGCAAGACGUGCCAAACGGGAGGGCUUCGGUGAAGUAGAGAUGGUUGGUUUCAUGGGUGGCUUUUAGGCCUUACUCUAUGCUCUUAGGGCCACCACCGUGUGGCCAUGGUGGAUAUAUGCGCAUGAUUUACUGCAUACGCAGUGCCCUCGUGUGGAGGAAUUCUAUGCUUCGGGGAUCUCGAGGUUUCGGUAUGUUGAUCUAAUAUGUGGGUCUUGGUAUGACUUUAUGCUGUCUGUGUAUGCUGCAAUCACUUUCUCCGUCAUGACACUACGCACUACAUACCACUGGGCUGGACCCUAUACCGACCGACGACGUUGGCGUCAAUGAUGUUGUAUCUGUUCUUUCUACAUUAUGUUAGUAGGCUUAAUAUUUGCACGUACUUUUUCCUCACCUUACGAUU